AUGAACUACAAUCAGAGAUUCUCAGAGUCGACUGAAAAGCUGGCACCACUAGCGAGGAUUGAGUCUCCCGAUGCCCUGGUGGUAGGGACGACUCAGCUCUUCGAGGGUGGCCAGAUCCGGUACAUUCCUAUGCCCACGCCGGAUCCCAAGGACCCCCUGAAUCUGCCAAACUUGAGGAAGUGGCUCGCCAUCGGCGCUCUCUGCUUCUUUGGCGCGCUGGCGCUCGCGGCCGAAGCCAUCGUCGGCGCCCUCGUCCCUGUUUUUGUCCUCGAGUACACAGGCAUUGAUCCCAAGAUCCUCGCGCAGAUCGACAUCAGCCUGCUCGUUCCUCCUGGCCAGGUGAACCUCAACCCGCUUGAUAUCCUCUCCGGCCUGGGCGGACCCCCGUUGUCGAAGGUUGCGCUCUUGGCCUCGCUGCCCUUGCUCGUCAAUGGCAUCAGCUCGUUCUUCCUCGUGCCGCUUUCCAUCGCCAUCGGCCGUCGUCCCGUGCUUCUGUUCGCCGGCGCGUGUGCCUGGACUGGCGGUCUCUGGGCUGGCUUCUCGACGAGUCUCAACAGUCAUAUCGCCGCUCGCUGCUUCCAGGGACUGGGUGCCGGUGCCGUGGAGGCGCUGAUCCCGCUGAUUGUGCAGGACUUCAUGUUUAUCCAUCAACGCAACAAAGCCAUUGCUUCCAUUGGCGCAUCUCAAGGGUUGAUCAUUGUCAGCUUGGGCAUUGCCAGCCCCAUCAUCGUAGCCAGGCUCGACUGGCGUUUCAUUUACUAUCUCACCUCGGGUGUUGCCAUAGUGGCCUGGAUUGGCAUCAUCUUCCUCGUCCCCGAGACGCGAUGGGUCCGCAGCGCCGAUGAGCUUGCCGGCAAAGAAGUCUACCUUCUGCAGCCAGGCGAGACGCGUCCCCGCCUCGACGUGGCAGCCUUUGGCCCGCGCACAAACCAGACCGACUUUGGCAUCCUGCACUGCGGCACCGAGUGGAAUCUCGCCUCCAAGUCGGUCUGGGAGACGCUCAAGACGACCCUGUUCCCCAACGUCAUCUGGGUCAUCGCCAUCAACUCGCUCCUCGUCUCCAUCCAGGGCGCCGCCGGCCAGGUCGGCUCCUCCGUCCUCAUCGCCGCCGGCUGGGACUUCGAGAAGCUCGGCUUCGCCGUCGUGCCCCUCGUCAUCGCGAGCCCCUUUGUCUGGGUCUUUGGCGGCUACGUCGCCGACCUCAUCUCCAACGCCCACGCGCGUCGCAACGGCGGCCGCCGCGAGCCCGAGGCCCACCUCAUCAGUCUCAUCUUCCCCCUGGUCGCCGGCAUUGUCGGCGCCUUCCUCUUCGGCUACGCCGCGCAGAACAUCCGCACCCUGCCCAGCAUUGUCGUUCUCGUCGCCAUCUUCUUCAUCGGCUUCGGCUUCCUGACCGCGAACACCAUCUUUGCCGUCUAUCUCGUCGAGAGCUAUCCUCAACCCGUCCUCGUCAACGUCUCCUCCAUUCGCCUCAUCGUCGGCUUCGCCAUGUCGUUCCGUGUCACGGACUGGAUCCAGGACCUAGGCUUCGAGGUCAACUUUGGUAUCUACAGCGGCGCCCUGGCGGCUGUCGCCCUGCUGCUGCCGGCCAUGUACGUUUACGGCAAACGCAUUCGUGAGUGGACCGGGGGCCGCCUGGAGGCGCGCGUCGUCAACAACGUGGAUGAUGACAAGGACUGGAAGGCCGACGUGGGGAGGAGCUAG